CGGGGAGGGGCGGGAUUUCCCGGGGAACAGAGAAGCGGGCAGCGCUCCGCCGCGGCGGCCGAGAGACGGUUACUCCAUCUUACACCCCUCACCCCUCCCCCCUCCCGUCGAGCCCCCCCGCCCCUCCCGGGGACCCGGCGCCGCCCCCCCCUCCGGGAGGAGGGGCGCGGGGAGCCCCCCCCUCCCCACACACCUCACUGCACCGGGGACAGCUCGCCCCCGUCGCCCGCUCGGGAGGGGCCCGCAGCGGCCCCGCCGCCCCUUGACCCUGAGGGAGCCUCAGCCCCUGCCGGGGCCCGCUUCGAGCCGAGGAUCCUAUGUGUGUUUGUGGUACGCCUGCCUGAUGCACCCUACCUGUAGUACUAAGCAAAGCUGGUGAGCACGGGUGGAAAGAACAGAGGCAGAGGUUUUGUAGUGCUUCCCGAGCAUGAGUUCAGAAUGAAGCGGCGAUUGGAUGAGCAGGAGUCACCCGUGUAUGCGUCGCAGCAGAGACGUAUCACCAGCAGCACUGAAGCUUUUCAACACCAGCACCGCGUGCUCGCCCCAGCUCCUCCGGUCUAUGAGGCAGUUUCGGAGACCAUGCAGUCUGCCACAGGGAUUCAGUAUUCGGUAACUCCCAGCUACCAGGUGUCGGCCGUGCCGCAGAGCUCGGGCAGCCAUGGGCCAGCCAUCGCAGCCGUCCACAGCGGCCACCACCACACUGCACCGGUGCAGCCUCAUGGGAGCCAGGUGGUGCAGAGCCACACUCACCCCACUCCACCAGCUGUGCCCGUGCAGGGGCAGCAGCAGUUCCAGAGGCUCAAGGUGGAGGAUGCAUUGUCUUAUCUUGACCAGGUGAAGCUGCAGUUUGGUAGCCAGCCACAGGUCUACAAUGACUUCUUGGAUAUUAUGAAGGAAUUUAAAUCUCAAAGUAUUGACACUCCAGGAGUGAUCAGCCGUGUAUCACAGCUUUUCAAGGGCCACCCAGACUUGAUCAUGGGUUUCAACACCUUCUUGCCACCUGGUUACAAGAUUGAGGUGCAGACAAAUGAUAUGGUGAAUGUGACAACACCAGGGCAGGUUCACCAGAUCCCCACUCACGGCUUGCAGCCCCAGCCGCAGCCCCAGCCGCAGCAUCAGUCGCAGCCUUCAGCGCAGUCAACCCCAACACCAGCACAGCCAGCGCCACAGCCACCACCUGCCAAAAUCAGUAAGCCAUCCCAGUUGCAGGCACAUACUCCCGCCAGCCAGCAGACUCCUCCGAUUCCACCAUAUGCAUCACCACGCUCGCCCCCAGUCCAACCUCAUACACCUGUGACAAUCUCUCUGGGAACCACACCAUCCCUGCAGAACAAUCAACCCGUUGAGUUUAAUCAUGCCAUCAACUAUGUCAACAAGAUCAAGAAUCGGUUCCAGGGCCAACCAGACAUCUACAAAGCCUUCCUGGAAAUCCUCCACACGUAUCAGAAAGAGCAGCGUAAUGCCAAGGAGGCAGGCGGUAACUACACACCAGCUUUGACGGAGCAGGAGGUGUACGCACAGGUGGCUCGCCUCUUCAAGAAUCAGGAGGAUCUGCUCUCAGAGUUUGGGCAGUUCUUGCCUGAUGCCAACAGCUCUGUGCUGUUAAGUAAGACAACUGCAGAGAAAGUGGAAUCAGUAAGAAAUGAUCACGGUGGCACAGUGAAGAAGCCACAGCUCAACAACAAACAACAAAGACCCAGCCAGAACGGCUGUCAGAUCCGACGGCACUCGGGAACUGGAGCAACCCCUCCGGUGAAGAAGAAACCGAAGCUGCUAGGUUUAAAAGACCAGUCUUUGGCAGAAGCCAGCAAACAUGGUGUGGGGACAGAAUCUCUCUUCUUUGAGAAGGUCCGCAAAGCUCUGCGUAGCACAGAAGCAUACGAAAACUUCCUUCGCUGCUUGGUUAUUUUCAACCAGGAGGUGAUCUCCCGGGCUGAGCUUGUGCAGCUCGUUUCUCCAUUCCUGGGGAAAUUCCCAGAAUUAUUCACUUGGUUUAAAAACUUUCUGGGGUAUAAAGAGUCUGUCCACAUGGAGACAUAUCCAAAGGAACGGGCUACGGAGGGGAUUGCCAUGGAGAUAGACUAUGCCUCCUGUAAAAGACUGGGCUCCAGCUACCGAGCCUUACCCAAGAGCUACCAGCAACCCAAGUGCACGGGGCGGACUCCGCUGUGUAAAGAGGUUUUGAAUGACACCUGGGUCUCCUUCCCAUCCUGGUCCGAAGACUCCACAUUCGUGAGCUCCAAGAAGACGCAAUACGAAGAGCACAUCUACAGGUGUGAGGAUGAGCGUUUUGAGCUGGAUGUUGUCUUGGAGACCAACCUGGCAACGAUCCGCGUCCUUGAGGCAAUCCAAAAGAAACUCUCGCGCUUGUCUGCCGAGGAGCAGGCCAAAUUCCGGCUGGACAACACUCUGGGUGGCACGUCAGAGGUGAUCCACCGCAAGGCUCUUCAGAGGAUAUAUGCUGACAAAGCAGCCGACAUCAUUGAUGGACUUCGGAAGAACCCAUCCGUGGCUGUUCCCAUUGUACUGAAAAGGUUAAAGAUGAAAGAGGAAGAGUGGCGAGAAGCCCAGAGAGGAUUUAAUAAAGUCUGGCGAGAGCAGAAUGAGAAAUAUUACCUGAAAUCCUUGGACCACCAGGGCAUCAACUUCAAGCAGAACGAUACCAAGGUCCUGAGGUCAAAGAGUCUCCUCAACGAGAUUGAAAGCAUCUAUGAUGAGAGGCAAGAGCAGGCUUCAGAAGACAAUGCUGGAGUCCCCACAGGCCCACACCUAUCACUAGCCUAUGAAGACAAACAGAUCCUCGAAGACGCUGCCUCUCUCAUCAUCCACCAUGUGAAGCGGCAGACAGGAAUCCAGAAGGAGGACAAGUACAAAAUCAAGCAGAUCAUGUAUCACUUCAUUCCAGACCUGCUCUUUGCUCAGCGAGGUGAACUCUCGGAUGUGGAAGAGGAGGAAGAAGAGGAAAUGGAUGUGGAUGAGGCUACUGGGGCUGCAAAAAAGCAUAACGGUGUUGGGGGCAGUCCUCCCAAAAACAAGCUGAUGUUCAACAACACAACAGCCCAGAAGCUGCGGGGCAUGGAUGAGGUCUACAAUCUGUUCUAUGUGAAUAGCAACUGGUACAUAUUCAUGCGGCUGCAUCAGAUCCUGUGCUUGCGGCUGCUGAGGAUCUGCACCCAGGCCGAGCGGCAGAUUGAAGAGGAGACACGGGAAAGGGAGUGGGAGAGGGAAGUGCUGGGCAUAAAGCGAGACAAGAGCGACAGUCCUGCAAUCCAGCUGCGACUGAAGGAGCCUAUGGACAUCGAUGUCGAGGAUUAUUACCCAGCCUUCCUGGACAUGGUGCGCAAUCUCCUGGAUGGGAACAUGGACUCGUCACAGUACGAGGACUCCUUGCGCGAAAUGUUCACCAUUCACGCCUACAUUGCCUUUACCAUGGACAAGCUGAUCCAGAGCAUUGUUCGACAGCUCCAGCACAUAGUGAGUGAUGAGAUCUGCGUGCAGGUAACAGACCUCUAUCUGUCAGAGAACAACAACGGAGCAACAGGAGGUCUUCUUGCCUCCCAGUCUUCUCGUACUCUUCUGGAGGUCGCGUACCAGCGCAAAGCUGAGCAGCUGAUGUCAGAGGAGAACUGUUUCAAGCUGAUGUUCAUUCAGAGCAGAGGUCAGGUUCAGUUAACCAUUGAACUGCUGGACACAGAAGAGGAGAACUCAGAUGACCCUGUAGAAGCAGAGCGCUGGUCAGACUACGUGGAGCGGUAUGUCAACUCUGAUUCUACCUCCCCUGAGCUCCGGGAGCACCUGGCCCAGAAACCGGUCUUCCUGCCGAGGAAUCUGAGGCGGAUCCGUAAGUGUCAGCGUGGUCGGGAGCAGCAGGAGAAGGAAGGGAAGGAGGGAAACAGUAAGAAGUCCAUGGAGAACGUGGAAAGCUUGGACAAGCUGGAGUGUAAAUUCAAACUGAACUCCUAUAAGAUGGUGUACGUGAUCAAAUCGGAGGAUUACAUGUACAGGAGGACCGCUCUGCUGCGAGCUCAGCAGUCCCACGAAAGAGUAAGCAAGCGGCUGCACCAGCGGUUCCAGGCCUGGGUGGACAAAUGGACCAAGGAGCACGUGUCCCGUGAAAUGGCAGCCGAGACAAACAAGUGGCUAAUGGGCGAAGGGUUGGAGGGCUUGGUGCCCUGCACCACCACCUGUGACACAGAGACCCUGCACUUUGUGAGCAUUAACAAGUACCGUGUCAAAUACGGCACAAUAUUCAAGACGCCAUAAAAAUCCCCCCCCGGGGUGAGCAAAGAGCCCGGGAGGUGUGUGUGUGUGCGCGCAUCAAGGAAAGGAGGAAGAUGUCUUUCUCCCCUCACUGUGUAUCUCCGUAACAUGGCCACUUGACUAGCGUGUGGCUGGUACAACCUGUCACCAGCGGGAUUCCCUGUAGGGACGCGGAUCUCCGCUGGUGCCCGCUGGGACUGCGGGCCACCAGCCCUUUGACUUCAGCAUGCGUCCCUGAAGGGCAGAAAGGACCCUUCUCUGAACUGAGCCAUCCCAGAGAAACACAACAAGCUCAUACACACCAGCAGUGUUGAGGCUUUGACUCCCCGGAGGCCCUGAGCGGCAAGGGAAGAGAACCAGAGGCUCUCCAUGACCGGACCACUUGGAUGUGUCCUGAAAACCCCAGGUGCCUGUUGCGAGCAGAUUCUCCUCCCUUUAGGGUGCCGCCAGCCAGCUGGGCUCCUGUGUGGGGCCACGGGGCAGCCUGAAGCCACCUCACAGAGCAAACCCUGGGUUCCUCUCGCCUCUCUCUCCUCCCUCCCAGGCUGGACUCGCCCCAUGCAGAUCGGUCUGUCCUUUCUAGUGCCAGUGGAACUGUUUAUUUUUUGGAUUUUUUUGUUUUGGGUUUUUUUUUGUACCUGCUUGUUUACUAGUCUCUCCUAGUGCCAUGCACCAGCUUUUCACACACAUGUACGUACACACACACAACAGAGAACAACACGAUUUUAACAUGUUCCCCUCCUUUUUUGUAAAUAAAUGUACAAAUUGUCAAUUUUUGGUUUUUUUUUUUGUUUGGUUGGGUUUUGUUUUGUUUGUUUUGGUUUUUUUUUUUUAAUUGAAGGAAGUAUGCUUGAUGUGCUAGCAUAACUGUACUAGCUUCUUGUGUACCAUAGUACCAGGUGGCUUGAGAAUUAGUACCAACAGACAGACCGACGGAGACAUUUAUUACACUUUUUACCAAAGGGAGUUAUCAUUGUAGUGCUUUUGUGUGGAAACUUUUCUCUUUUUUUUGUAAAUAAAAACAAUGUCUUUGUUCUUAACUGGA